AUGGUUUCGCCGUUUGGUGGCCUGGCCCGCGAGCCCGGUCUGGCGUGCGGCUCACAGAAAGUCCGUCGGUGGGUACGUGAGGAGGAGAUCUGGCCGGGCAGGGGCCCGCCCAGAAGUGCAGGUCGAUCCGACACGUGCAUCUCGCCAGCCGUGGCCCCAACCGCCAAUUGGGGGCCACAAUCCGACGCGUCUCGACGAGACGAUCAUAACGGUACAGGGCACGCCUCGCUGACGCCUCUCCCCGAGCCGUGGUGGCCGUUUGAAGUUGGAGGAGGUGUAGGGUAG